AUGGGAGACUCUCCAAUAUUUCAUGAACCAGAAGUCAGCGAAGCAGAAACAGAAGCAGAGGAGGUUCGUGAAGAAGAAGAAAAGGUUCAUGAGGAAGUCUCUGACACAGCUCCUGAUGUAGGUCUCCCACUGACACAAGUUCACAGAAACCAUUCCUCGAACGAUCUGAUUGGAGACAUCACUGAGCCACGAAGGACGAGAGGAAUCAAGAUGAACUAUAAGCAGAUGGAACUAGAGGAGUUCGUGAGAAACGAUGUAUGGGAGUUAGUGCCACUACCUGAUGGUGUGAACGUGGUCGGUACAAAGUGGAUCUUCAAGAACAAGACAGAUGAUGCUGGAAGCAUUGUACGAAACAAGUCAAGACUUGUUGCGCAAGGUUACUCACAAGUUGAAGGAGUCGACUUUGAUGAAACCUUUGCCCCUGUAGCUCGUCUUGAGUCUAUCAGACUUUCUAGGGAUGGCAUGCAUAUUGAACUUCAAGGUGUAUCAGAUGGAUGUGAAGAGUGCUUUCUUGAAUGGCAUUCUACAAGAGGAAGUAUAUGUAGCCAACCGAAGGGUUUGAAGAUCCUACACAUCCUGAGUAUGCUACGUCAGAGGAACUGUGGACAAAACUUGUUCACACUUGAGAAGAAGAAUGAGAUGAUGAUGGUGCAGAUCUAUGUAGAUGAUAUCAUCUUUGGAGGAACUUCAGAGAAGCUGGUGGAAAACUUUGUGAAGAGUAUGACUAAGGAGUUCAAGAUGAGCAUGGCCAAACCAAAACAGUCCCAUCUUCAAGCGGUGAAGAAGAUCUUGAGGUAUGUCAAGGGAACUGUCAAUCUGGGGAUCUUUUACUCCAAAGGAUCCAACAGAAAUCUUGCUGGAUAUUGUGACGCCGAUUGGGCAGGAUGCGCAGAUGAUCGGAAAAGUACAAGUGGAGGUUGUUUCUUCCUUGGGAACAAUCUUAUUGCUUGGCUUAGCAAGAAGCAGAAUUCUGUGUCACUAUCUACUGCAGAGGCUGAGUACAUUGCAUUGGGAAGCUGCUGCACACAGCUUAUAUGGAUGAGACAGAUGUCAGCCGAUUAUGGGAUGGAGUCUGGACCCUUCUUGGUCUACUGUGACAACAAAAGCGCCAUCGACAUAUCAAAGAAUCCGGUGCAGCACUCAAGGACUAAGCACAUUGACAUAAGACACCACUUUGUUCGUGAAUUGGUGGAAGAAAAACAGCUCCACCGCCGAACUGACGGAGCGACUGAAGCAGCGGUCACUACACCUCCGGUGGUGACCGCACGAGACGAGCUCAACGCCGCCGCAACAGAGAUCACGGAGCCCGACGCUUCGAUUCCCCGAGAGAUCCAACCCGUGCUUCUCCUCCGACACGAGAUCUCGAUGACUCAAUCCCGGGCAACCUUUCGUCUGAGCAGAAGGAGCCGAUUGACCCCCCUGCUUCAAAUCCGAAGAUUCUUUCACCGGCGCUCAAUCAAACUCGAUACGCUCUCUCGGAUGAAGAAGAGCGAUGAAGAGCCGCUCAUUCCCGGAAAGCGAAAAUUCUCAAGAAACCGGACUUCCGCCGUCGAAGAAGAUGAAGGAGAAGGCUCCAUGCAUCCUCCAUCUCCAAAGCCAAGCGCCAAAACUCGAUCUACUCCGGUGAAGAAAGCUCCGGCUCGAGCUAGUUCACGAGCUAAAGGCAAGGGAAGCAAACCGAGGGUUCCUAAACCAAGAAACCAUCAUCUCUGGACAGGUUUGCGAUCUUUAGCUCUCGUGGAAUCAUUGGAUGAGCGAAUUGUGGAUCUUAAGCUGAAGCUAAGUGGGGAUAUCCUGAUAUUAUCAUCAAAGGAGGGUUUAGUCUACGGUUGA